AAAGAGAAAGAUACGAAGAGCUGUCCCGCGAGAACGUUCUAGUCGCGUAAUAAUUAAAGAGCGACUUGUGGCCAGACGUUUUAUCUGACCGCGACAUCAUUUGUAAGCGAGGAAGGGUGUCGCGCGUUGAUGUCAUUUGGAAGAGAGAUUUCAAACAGCGGUGGCGUAUCACAGUAUCACAGAAAAACGAAACAGUUUCUGUGUGACUUGUACAUAUCUCGGAUAUAACGAUUUCACGCGCCAAUUAUCGAGAGUUUCGAUAUCGCUAAGAAAGAGAGAGAGAGAGAGAGAGAGAGAGAAAGACUGUAGACUAGAAUAAUUAAUAAACUAGACCUUUCUAUUUCUAUUUCUUUUUUCACACUUCGCACACAUCUCAAUUUAUUCAACUGUAAUUGCGAUUUAAUUCAAUCGCGUUGUUCGGUGCGCGCGCUGAAGUUUCUUUGCAAUAUAAGCGAAAGAGAAAGAAACAACACCGCGGUUGAAAUUGCGCCCGCGUGCCCGCAGUGCGAGUGACCGUUCAAAAUCAUGCUAGUCACCAAGGUGUUUCCGCUGACUGUUCUCUUCCUCGUGAGUUUCGGGUCGGAAGAACGCGAUUACUCGCGCGCGAUCUUCCGAUCGUCCAGCUUGAAGGAAUCCCAGGAGUACUUCCAGCAAUGUCAUCCCGUGGAUGUGUGGAACGAGCAUCUCGGUUACGUGAGCGUCCUGACCUUCUUGGACUUCUUCGACGAGUACAUCAUGGCAAAAAGUUUCAUAUGGGAAAUAUUCAAUUUGCAUUUACAAGAAUCCGGUUUUUCGGAUGUCCGGGUUUUCGCGAUAUUUCUGUCGUUCGAUAUGAUAGAAGACGAAUGGAUGAGAAGUCUGGUGAAGAAAGAUCUCACGCCGCAGAUCUUGACGGAGUUCAACGACAAUUUUAACCAUACGCAGUCGAAAGUGACCUUUUUUCUGGACAACCCGCAAUUGCGAUUGUGGCAGAGAUUCCGCGCGUCGAAGGAUCAAGUGGUCGUGAUCGAUCGUUGCGGCCGAUUAACGUACAAAACAAUGUUCCCGAUGACAGAGAACUUAAUGCGCGAUUACAGUACUUUAUUACAGUACUCAGAUGUAAAAGCAGCUAUACGGUCCACGUAUAAUGACGACCCGUGCGGUGGAUGUGACCCGACCGUGUAUAAGGCGUAUUUGUCGAGCGCGGUAAACAACACUGAUAAAGAAGCGGAUCCAAAUAAAACUGAUGAUAACGUUAAUGUCGAUCUAAAAACGGCAAAUAUAGAAAAUUUUGAGAUAAAUUUUAACGAAUCAUUGGAAAAAAACCGCGAGGCAAGUACCGUAUCUGCUGUCCUCGACGAAGCUACAGACGAUACCGGUAACGUGACUCGUGAUUUUUCGAACGCGACAGGAUCGACGGAAUCCGAAGCUGGUUGUCGAUGCGAUAAAAGCGCGACCGAAUCCUCCCUCGACGAGAGUAACGCGAAUGGAACGGAGGGAACGAGGCGAAAUCAAGAAGACAGUAGCACCGUACCCGCUGAAACGGUCGCUACGAACUUCGAAGUGCAGCAGGACAUUCCUCCGAAGCAGGAGGUAACUGCGCACACGUCGUCUGACGAUGACGCUGUCACUGCGGGUUACGUGGAAAUUGAAAACAAUUCGACCUCCGCUGCGGAGACAACCACUUUGGAUGCUGUGGGUGAUGAUGGGGUUCGGCAAAGCGACGGGAAUACGGACGUCAGCGCCAACAAUCCGGACACAUGCGGGCAAAACAAAUCAAUUUGUAAUGCGAAUGUCGCGUCUAAGGACACCUAUCGUCUCGAGCAGGAUCCAUUACCGCUGCGCAUAAUUAUGCAGGCGCCGCAUCUGCACAAACGGGAAAUGAAAAAACACACGUACUUAAUUCUGAAACUGGGCGAUCCUAAGUUUCACGGGCAUCUCAAUUCUGGAAUCGACGUUAAACCGUCGAUCAAUUCGCGGCAGGACGCCAGUAUUGAAGCGAAAAGUACCGAAGAGCAGGAAACUGUAGAUACAGAUAAGAAAGAUGCUGAUCAGAAUUACGUAUUCGAUAUGGACGAAGGUCCCGGACUUUACGGAGAAGUAGCGGAUUAUUGGAGAACCGAGGAAGACAAUGAUAUUAUCGACGAAAAUGAAUCUUACAAGUCUACGAUUAUAUAUAACGAAGAGACAAAAGAAGACAAAACUUUUUCUUCUGAAACGACUAAAUAAGAAAAAAAAAAUAAAGAGAUGCGGAAUAAAUCAAUGGAACAUUAUAACAAACUUCUGUCUUGGAUUUCUUACAGGUUAAUAAUUAAUAAUAAUUUAAUAUAAUUGUAUUUUUAUUAAAAAAUAUCUUAAUUAUAAAAUUACAUCGAUUCUGUGCUACUUUUAGUACGACGUUCGUCUAGUUAAAAUACUUGUAUUUUACAACAAACGUAAUAUAUCUCACUUUAUGCAUA